AUGGCCAAAGACGAACUUCCUGCUAUCCAAGCAUAUGUUAGAGCAAUUUCUGGCAAAUUUAAUUAUGUGCACUUCCUGGUUCUAUUGCUUGGUAUUAUCUCAGUUUACGUCUCAUUCCCUAGGACUCGCCCUCGCGUCUCCAAUGCGCCUGUCCACGGUUUUCGCUCCUCGUUCGAGCCUUCGUUGCUCCUCAAGGCGAGGUUCAUCACUCAGGCGUUUGGAAUAGUCGAGAGUGGAUAUAAAAAAUUCGUGGACAGGCCAUUCGUCGUGUCCCGCUACGACUCGGACGUCGUGAUAAUGCCCAUCAGAUAUCUAGAUGAGCUUAGUCGUUUUCCCACGAAGAUGUUCGACAGCAAGCCUGCAGCCGUGGGAAACCUAGUUCCAGAAUGGACCUGGAUGAAAUUUGCAAUUGAGACAAACCUCCACAUCCGCGUACUGAAUAAUAAGCUCAUUCCCGAGCUGUCGAAGUACCUCGAUAUCGCUAGAGACGAGCUAGAGUACUCUUGGGAUAUUGAGGUUCCUAAGUCUGACGACUGGACGGAGAUCGACAUUCAACACAUCAUCCGCAUGUUAAUAGCACGCAUGACAGCGCGUAUCUUUGUCGGAUCUGAAGCGGCAAGGAACCCGCAAUGGUUGAACUUGACGAUCGACUUUGCUGCGGACCUGUUCAUUGCCGCAUUCAUGCUGAAGAUGUUCCCGCCGUGGACACUACCCAUUGUCGCUCACCUAGUCCCGGCACGGUACAGGCUCAAGCGUCACCUCAGGAAUGGCAGCAGAAUCGUUGGCGAGGCCAUGUCUAAAUGUGCCGAGGCAAAGCGGCAGAGAAUAUCAAACGAGCAGCCAGCCGAGGAAGACAACACUCUCCUAAGCUGGAUGAUGGAUAACGGCACGGAUAGAGAAGUGAUGGUGCCAGAAAUGGCGGCUCGGCAAUGCGUCUUAGGUCUAGCGAGCAUUCACACAACUUCGACGAACGCUGUGAAUGUGCUGUUUGAUUUGUGUGCUCACCCUGAGUGGUUUCCUGUAUUAAGAGACGAGAUCGACCAGGUGACAAAAGAGUACGGACAGCUAGGCGAACGAAGCGACAUCGAUGCAAAGCAGUGGCUCGCAAAACUAGAGAAGCUUUAUAGCUUCCUCAUCGAGACGCAGCGCUUCAAUCCGCCAAUGCUAGUCCACCCGCAAAGGGUUGCGAUGGAACCGCUUACCCUCAGCGACGGAACACAUAUCCCCGCGGGGACUUGGAUUGCCUGGGCUAACCAUCACCAUGCUAAUGAUCCUUCUGUGACGCCGAACCCUACUCUAUUCGAUCCCAUGCGAAGCUGUCGCAAACGGCACUUCUCGCCAGAGCAGAUGAACAAGCAUUUGGCUGGUCAAACAGACCCCAAUCUCCUCUCUUUCGGAUACGGGAAGUCUGCUUGUCCCGGGAGGUACUUCGCAGUCGGUGAGAUUAAGACCUUGAUAGUGCGCUUAUUGACGGAGUUCGACUGGAAGUACCCCGACGGGAAGAGCCGACCGCAGAACAUGUAUGCGAAUGAGAACGUGUUUGUGGACCCGAGCGCGAAGCUCCUCGUGAAGAAAAGGGGAGGCGGGGGGGUUGAGGGCUAG